AUGGAAAGCUUCGAUCAUUAUUCAUUACCACUUCCUUGGUCCCUCACCAACCUAGACAACCUUUGUAACUGGACUGCCAUUGUCUGCGACCACAACACCAAAUCAGUUGUUCAAAUUGACAUCUCCAACGUGCAGAUCGAUGCAACACUAGACCGGUUCAACUUCAUCCCAUUUCUCAAUCUCACCCACUUCAACCUACAUGGCAACUACAUUCGUGGCCCUAUACCAUCUGCCAUCAGCAACCUCUCCAAGCUCACAACUUUGGACUUGGGCUACAACGAUUUUCAUGAAGAAAUACCUGUCGAGAUAGGCAAGUUAACAGAGCUCCAGUAUCUAAGUUUUGACUCCAAUCGUCUUACUGGUACAAUUCCAUCCUCUAUAGACCAACUCAGAGAGCUUCAGUACCUUGAUCUUAGUAACAAUUUCUUUAACUCUUCAAUCCCUUUUGAGCUUGAUCUUUGUACCAACCUCACCUACUUGGCCUUGGCUUCCAAUAAACUCAAUGGGGAACUGCCUCUGUCCUUGUCCAAUCUGAACAACAUCACCCAUCUGAGUUUAUUUGCUAAUCGGUUUACCGGUCCAAUCUUGCCUUCUCUGCUCUCCAAUUGGACCGAAAUGGUCUCUUUGCAACUUCAACACAACUACUUUAGUGGGAAUAUUCCACCAGAAAUUGGACUGUUGACAAAACUCAAUGUGCUUUAUCUGAAUCAUAAUAAGUUAUCUGCCUCAAUUCCCUCAGACAUAGGAAGAUUAUCACAUUUGAUAAGCUUAGAUCUUUCGAGAAACCAGCUCUCAGGAUCAAUUCCUCUAACACUAUGGAAACUUGGAAAUCUUCAGAGCUUAACUCUUUCCAACAACAAUCUCAGUGGCACAAUCCCGCCAGAGAUUGCAAACUGCAUAUCACAGGACACCUUUCACAAGUUGCGACAUCUCCCAGUCCUGGAGUUUAUUACUUUGUCUCAUAACAAUUUCACAGCGCCCGACAAUUCCAAAGACCACCAAUCAAGUCCAUUGAUUUGUCUUUUGACUUUCUUUUUAUUUGUUAGUGGUUUAAUGAUUGCAAGUCCAUAUGCUCUGGUUCUUAUUUUUGGUAAGAAACCUAAUCCUGUUCUUGAGAAAAUCAAUAGUUCUCAAAAUUUUGAGACUUUUGAGUCAAUGAUAUUGCAAGAAGAAGUCAAAUUUACGUUUGGGGAAGUUGUGAAGGCCAUAGAGAAUUUUCAUGACAAGUACUGCAUUGGAAGAGGAGGAUUUGGAAAGGUCUACAAGGCAGAGUUGCUAUCAGGCCAAGUUGUCGCGGUUAAGAGGCUUAACAUGUCAGAUUCUAAUGACAUUCCCACAAUAAAUCUCCAAAGUUUCGACAAUGAAAUAAAAACUUUGCCAAAUCUCCGGCACAGGAACAUCAUUCAGCUAUACGGGUUCUAUUCAAGGAGGGAAUGCAUCUUCUUGCUCUAUGAAUAUUUAGAGAGAGGCAGCCUGGGAAAGGCAUUGUAUGGGGUUGAAGGGGUAACUGAACUUGGAUGGGCUACAAGGGUCAAAGUUGUGAAAGGAUUAGCUCAUGCACUUUCUUACUUGCACCAUGACUGCUCUCCACCAAUUGUGCACCGUGAUGUAACUGUCAACAAUGUAUUGCUGGAGUCAGAUUUCGAAGCCCGACUUUCGGAUUUUGGAACAGCAAGACUGAUUAGUGCCAAUUCAUCCAACUGGACCCAUAUUGUUGGCUCAUUUGGCUACAUGGCGCCAGAGCUUGCAUUGACAAUGCGAGUCACGGAUAAGUGUGAUGUGUAUAGCUUUGGAGUGGUGGCGUUGGAAGUUAUGAUGGGAAGGCACCCAGGGGAUCUGCUAGAAUCCCAGCUAUCAGAAUCAUCAAAAUCAAUGGAGGACAAUGCAGAAUUGCUUUUGAAAGAUGUGUUAGACCAAAGGCUGGAGGCUCCAAGCAAUGAAUUGGCAAAGGCAGUGGUGCUUGUGAUGAGUUUAGCCUUGGGUUGUAUACGUACGCGUCCCGGGUCUCGACCUACAAUGCUUUAUGUAGCACAAAAACUAUCAGCUCAUAGUGUGCCUUCCCUUCCUGAACCAUUUGGCAUGUUAACCCUCAACAAGCUGAUGGGGAUAUAA